AUCUAAUUGUAUAGUAACAAAAUCAAUAUCCGUAUAAUUUUAUGAAAUGUCAUGCAUUUCGUAUUCAAAUUGAAAGAUCGUUUGUCGUCUGUUUAAAUGAGAAACACACAUCACAAGGGAUAUAUUUCCAUGGUUUUCGGUGUUUUACUUUUCUGAGGCUAGAAAAUUACGCCUGAUAAUAUGUUCAAAAUGGACAACCCCCUUAGUUACGAGAAUGCUCCGAGUUCGAAAGGGUACAAGUAUAAAACUUACAUGCAAAUGAUCGCUCAUUGGGCGCAGUUGUAUCCAAACAGAGAUGCGUUUGUAGAAUAUGACGCAAAUGCAGAGAGACAUUCUAUAACCUGCAAAGAGUUGUUAGAGAAGAGUAAAUCUUUUGGGUGGUAUGUGGCAAGUAUUGGAAUCCAGAAAGGUGACGUGGUUGCGUUCUGUAUGGAAAACUCUUUGAACAUGCUUAUUGCAAUGUUUGGUGUACAGUUUGCUGGAGGAAUACCUUUUUCAACUUUGCAAAGUAGAGCGGACGGAACUGACGUUAUAGAUACAAUUCGCCACCAAAAUUCCAAACUGCUUAUAAUGGACGCUAAAGAAGGAGAACAAAGCUGGCAUCUCUUAGAGAAAAUUCAGUCAUCUCAAAAUGUCGCUUGCCUUCUUGACGUCAUUUACAAUAACAAUUCCCUUGACUUUAUCCAUUUCAAUUUUAAAGAAAAAGAGAGCCGUGUUGUCAGUUUAACAAAUACACCGGAAGUAACUCUUCCGGAUAUCUAUCCUGAAGAUUUAGUUGUAUACUACAAAACAUCCGGCAGCACCGGUGAACCCAAACUGGUAGGGCAUACUCAUAUGGGUUUUCCUGGAAGUACGUUUCUGCUCAAAGACUGUUUUGAAAUAGACAGCCAGUCCAGAUAUUUCUGCGACAGGCCGCUUGGAUGGAGUGGAGGGGCUCCAAAUAUUUUCAUCGCUUUUGGAGCAACUCGAGUAAUCGUUGACAGUUCAUUGUCAAAUCAGAAAAACAACAUAGAUUUUCUGUCUGACAUCAUAUAUCAAGAGAAGUGCACACACGUGUAUCUACCUGGUUAUCUCGUCUCGGACCUUCUAAGAAGUUGUGGAAAUGAGACCAAAUUUUCUACUGUCAAAGUUAUUAAUUUUGGCUCAGAAAGAUGCUCAAAGCGAUUUACAGAAUUGCUGGGUCGCUUUUGUAAGAAAUUGGUCAUUUAUUAUGGGUUAGCAGAGUCAGCCGAUAUAUCAACUUUUUCCUCCCAUAAUCAUGUAGAGUAUGAGGAUGGCAUUAUUGGGAAACCUUUACCUGGAAUGGAGAUGAAAGUUGUUGACGAACAUGGAAAUGUUGUGCCGCGGGGACAGGUAGGAGAGUUGCAUGUCAGGAGCGUUUAUAGAUUCAUAGAGUACAAAGAUAUGCGGGAAAAGUUUUUAGAUACAGUUGACAAAGGAAAUUGGCUUCACACUGGGGAUAUGGCGCAUAUACGAGCAGAUGGCAACUUUAUUUUACAUGGACGGACAAGCGAACGAAUGUCUGUUGGUACUGUGAAGAUCUUUCCUCAAGAAGUCGAGAAAAUCUUAAUCAAUUGCUCGGAGGUAGAGGCCGUCGUAGUCGUACCGGUUCCUGAUGAAAGAUUACACCAUGCCAUAUGUGCUUGCAUCGUGCUAUCGAAGAUAAAGCGUGUUGUCGUAAAGGAUAUGCACACAUAUUUCGACCAUCUAUGGGCUGACUUCGCUUAUAUCAAGCCGAAGUACUAUAUUGCGUUUGAGGAAUUUCCGGGAAAUGCAAAUGGUAAAAUUGACAGGAAAAAAAUUGCAAUGAUAGCUGCAUCGCAACUAAAUCUUUGUUGAAAAUGUCACAACAAGAAACAUACUUAUCAGAUUAUCAGAUCACCUGCAGAUAACUAUCAUUCUUGUCAGUUCGUCGUCCUUUCAUGUCUUCUUCUUCCGAUACAUAUAGGUAGGGAAAUUACACCUUACAUGGUAAGCUCUUUAUGUAAAAUUGGCUAGCGACAUGAAUGAAAUAUUUUAAUUAUGAUGAAUAAUGAUGUAGUUAGAGGUUUGGAGAAAGCCUUUGACGUACUGCCGUUACUUGAUCGUCGUUUUCGGCGUCGAUGUCGGCUUUGAGAAUUAUUAUUGUUUAUGUCCACUUUUUAUAAAAACACUUUAACAGCUGUAACUUUCAACUUAGCGCACAUGUUUAUAAUCAUUAGGUAUGUAAGUAUGCUAAGAAGCAUAACUCUUGCAGAACGGUUCCAUUUUAUCAGAAAGGAUAGCAUUUGUGGCCUUAACACGAAAACAAAAGGUAAAAUUGCAAUUUUCAUGUCUACGAUUACUUGUUUUCUCGGGAUGAAGACGAGAGGAAAGACGACAAACUACCGAUUUCUUGUGAUUGUUAACCAUUUAUCUGGUAAAAUAUAUAUAUCUAUUUAGUGUCAUAUACUUGCAUCAAAAGGGACACUAAAAUAUCUGACUUAAUUUCGUGACACCGCGUAAUGCGCCCAUAAUCUCAAGAGUCAAUGUUGCAACAUAUUCAAAUGAGGUCUAAAUGUGGAUUGUUUCUUGUGUGUGUGUGUGUGUGUGUGUGCGUGUGCGUGUGCGUGUGUGUGAAAAGAAAGGGAGAUAAAUAUUGUAAUAGGUCUAUGUAUUUCGGAUCGCUUUAUCUCUCUUUACAUCUAAAAGGUAACUUACCUGUAAAACCUGUAUUUGUAGUUGGGCUAAUUUCACCUACCUAUUUUAUAGAUUAUUACUAAAAGCUGAUGCUGUUAACAUGUUAUAUUCGAAAUUGCCACACACAAAUGAUGUUGCAACAUUUGAGUGAGAUUCAGAUGAACAAGCCACCUAAUGCCAUAAACUAUCUAUGUAAAUUUGUUUAUGGGCUGAACACCACUAAAUGCAGCCCCUAUAUAAUUCUAUAUAAACCACACUUCAAACCCAGCACUGCAAAUCUUUUUUCUAAUAUAUCAGGUCUUGGCUGCCUACAAUCUUUCAAAAGCUGAAUGUUAGUGCAACAAUCAAAAUCAAAAGGAAAACGGGUGUUAAUUUUAUAAUAGAAAACUGUGACCAGCUGAAAACUCAACAUAAAAAAUACAGCAACUUUUACACCGGUUCCGGCUUCUUGACAGUGGUAUAAAGUGAACCGAUCAACCCCAAACAAUACAUGUUGUAUCUUAGACCACUUCUCAAUGUAUGCCUCGAUUUUAUUGGAAACUGUGCCAAACAUGAAAAUGACUCUCUAGAAAAACUUCAAUACAUUCACUGGUUUGACUCUUUCUACUAGUAUUUCCAUUCAAAAUUUUCUGAAGAAAAUUGGAUGGGUUUCUCUUGCAGUUCGUAAAUCUCUGCGCAAAUUGACAUUAGCUUGGAAAGGAAAUAAAGCAUGACUUCUUCCAAAUUUCUUUUCGGACAUUAUCCACUUACACUUUGUAACUCGAAGAACUAUAGAACCAAGAAAUGAACUAUUUGUUUACGGAGUUCCUGUGAAAUGAAAUACAGAGAAGGACUGACAAACCCAUGUUCAAUAUGCCGAUCCUAUUCAGUCGUUCGUUUCGCAUGAACUCCGAGAAAAAAGAAGUAUUUCUCACAUUUCCAUUAUGUUUCCCUUCCAUGCGUUGUCGUAAAUAAGGCGUCUUUCCUUUCGCUGUUCAGACAAAAUGAACGUCAAAGUUAUCAAUAGAAAGAAUAUUAGGGCGCAUUAGAUAUUUCGAAAUAGCUCUUACUUGACAAAACUGGUUAUGUUUCUUUUCAAAAUCAAGGGCUGCUUCAAAAUGUAUGCGGAGUCCACAUACAAUUUGUUAAUGUAGAGAAAAUAUAUGUUUCUAGUUCCUGUCAACCUUUACCCCCCACCCCAUCCCCACCCCCGCCCCCACCGGGUUGAAAAAGGCUGACAAUUUACGCGUUAAAAUAUACUUUAGAAUGCUUCAAACGAUUGUUUUUAUCGUCACUUAUUGACAUGACCGGCUACAUUUUAGUUGCUAUAAAUAUGAAUAUUGCACGACGAAAUCGUGUCCAAUUCCCGCCAAUAACUAAGUAUAGCAAAGGAUAGUUCUUCAUGCCGUUUACUUUAAGGGAGAGUUCGUUAUCUCGAUGAUCAUCCUUAUCCAAAAGCGCUAUUCGAAUGGUACAGUCAAAACGUAGAUCCACUUCAAGAAUGUUUAACAGUUUGCCUUUUUUUUUCAAAAUAUUCUACAACCACAAAUAAAAUCUAAAUCAAGGGUUUCAUAGAAAUAUCUUACAUUUAUGCCAACGGCCUGAUUACUAGUAAUUUAGUCAAAGGCUGCCAGAAGUAAUGUUUUGUUUUAUAUUUUUAACUCUUAAAAAUAAUAUACUUUUUUAUUUUGGUAUACAGCUUUCAAUACGAGAGCAAAUUUCAAAUAACCAUACGCAUGUAAUAAGACAAACGUUUCAUAGCUGUGCAUGCAAGGCAGGAAGACUACGAUAAUAAGAUGAUAAGAAAUCGGAAAUACGGUGAAUAAAAGUCGAUACUACGAAAAAUCGAAACCAUGAUAGUGAAAAUGCGACACUAAGACGAUGGCAGUACAAAAUAAUUUCGACUUUGCACCAUCGCAGUUUCGUUGUUUUGACUCUUCGAUAUCGUAGUUUCAACAUUUCAACAUCUAACUUCGUUGUUCAGAAUUUUUAACAUGAUAGUAGCGUAGUUUUGGCGCUUCGAGCAUCGAAUAUUGUACGAUGUCCCUAGCUGAAAUUUUUUGCAUUAACUAGCUGACGAGAGACACCACUAAAAUCACGUUUGUCCUCCUCAGAACCCUUUGGAUUCUUGUAAUUUUAAGUGUGAAUCACUCGUCCUUUAAAUUCCUCGAUCCCUAGAAAGUUAGGUGCAUAUUUUCAGCAAGAAAAUGCGUUUCUAUGAGAAAUGUAACAACGUUUAUUUCAAUAUUCAAGUUGCGUUUUGACAUUUGUCGUGUAUACCCAUUGUAUUGUAUACAACUGUUAUAUAUAAUCACUGCAAUACCUUAGCACAUUGUCAUGUCAUUGACCUUCAGAACAAACCAUAUGCAAGGGCUUUGCGUUUUUUUUUCCAUUGUAAUCGGACGAUAAUAUAAAUUUUCAGUAAGUCUAUUUUUCUUUGAUUUCGUGUUAAAUACGCUGUGCACAUGUGCAGAAUUGUUUGU